GGUGGAGCAGGGAGCAGUGACAGGCCGGGUGCAAGGGCACUAGUGGUAGUGGUGUCAGCAGCUGGGGUUCUGUUCGCUGUCCUGGGUGUCACACUAGCUCGUCUUCUAACAUAUAUGAAUCGGGCCCCCACAGAGGGAGGAGUGGCUCUGGACCCCUGGAAAUGUGGCGGCAUCCUGACUGGUUUGGAGGGGAGUAUAAGCUCACCCAACCAUCCAGGUCCGUACCCACCUGACUCUGUGUGUGUGUGGGUGAUCAGGGUGUCUCCUCCAUCUCUGGUCCAGCUUCACAUCUCCUCCCUCGUCAUGGAGGGGCCUGCCUCCUGCCUCUUUGAUUGGCUGGAGGUUAGAGAAGAGGUGAAGCUCACUCCCUCUGGGUUUUGUGGUAGCAUGUCUCCUCCUACUGUGAACAUGAACAGCACUGUAUGGGUGGCAUUCUGCUCUGACGGCAGCAUUGAGGGCAGUGGGUUCCCAGCCCAAAAUCAUUCCAUUUUUCCCUGGCAAAAAAGCUGCUCAAGGGAGGAGUUUAUGUGUGACGAUGGCCGUUGCCUGUUGUCUGUGUCUGUCUGUGACAGCCGGUCAAACUGUCAGGACCAAUCCGACAAGGCCGACUGCAGCCACAAAUAUAGAGAGUGUGGAGAUCAAAAGACAGGACUAAGUGGUUGACUGUCCAGUCCAAACCACCCCAUGCCUUAUCCUCACCAGCAGCAGUGUAUGUGGAAUAUAUUUGCAGAACAAGGCCAUGCCAUCAAACUGAGCUUUCACAACUUCUGACAACUGGAGACUCAGAAUGUUUGUGACUUCGACUACAUGGAAGUGCGGGAAAGCGGAGCCUCCGGGGAUAACAGUGUGCUUGGUAGGUUCUGCGGCUCAGGUGUCCCUCCCGAUCUGGCUUCCUUGGGGCCAAUGAUGACUGUGGUGUUUGUAGCCAACGAAGGUGUGGCCAACAGGGGCUUUUAUGCCUCAUAUCAGGUCAUCUCUCUCUCAGAAAGGACCUGCCGUCCCGAGCAGUUUGCCUGCACCACAGGGGCUUGCCUCUCCUGUGAGUGGCUCUGUGAUGGUUGGUACAAUUGUGCUGAUGGUGCGGACGAGCAAAACUAUGCACCUGCCGUGAAGCCUGCUAUAGCACCAUCUUGUGAGCUCAUCCAGGUGGAGAUAUGCCUAGGUCUGAGCUAUAACCUCACCUCCUUCCCUAAGAUAUGGCUCUCCAUCACCAUUCAAAGCCAGGCUACCAACAUGCUCCACAAGUACAGUGUGCUGAUGGAGCUGGCAUGCUUCGAGCCCCUGAGGCAGCUGGUGUGCGCCAUGUUCCUUCCACAGUGCAGCCUGCAGGGCGGCGUGCUCCAGCCAUGCAUGUCCAUUUGCAUGGCUGGAAAGAGGCAGUGUGGCCAAACUCUGAACCUCCUCAGCCUAAGCUGGCCCACCAGCUGCCAACUCCCACCAGACUCCCAAGACCCCCUGGCAUGCUCCCUCCCCUGGGAUGCCUCAAAACCCAGCUGGACCAGCACUCAUCACUACGGCAGUUUACUACCUCCAUGA